CUGGGGACCAUUUUGGUCAGGUAUAUCUUGGCAUUUUGAAAGUGUUUCUUCAAAGGAUUCCUUUAUGUCAUGGCUUUUGGAAGUUCAUCUUAAUAGAUUCUGAAUGCCAGGCAAGUGAUGAGUUUUUGUUAGGUGGAUUAUCUGAAUUAAUACUCGUUAAAUUCUCCAUUUUUCGGAGUUGAUUUUUGUCUGAUUUUCUGGUCUCUUCCUUCUUCUUCCCUUCUAUUCUUCAAGUUCUUUUGGCUACUUCAUUUUCUAUAGGUAGAUAAAGCCACCGAAGAGAGGGAAAAUUUAGGUAUAUAAAUGAGUGCACCCAGAAAUAUAGCAAAGCAGAAACAAAGCUGGACCUCCAGUCCCCAGGCAGACUGCUCAGUUUGUCAACAAAGAAAUCAUCUAAAUGUGUCUAAAAGUGGAAUUGACCCCAAGAGCCAAUAAAAUAUGAGAUAAAAAAGUAUCUGAUUCAGCCAAUUCUUGGGCAGCUGCAUUUCAUCAGGUCCUUGCAAGUAAAUCCUAUAGGCCCAAAGGUGCUUCUUUUCCAACCAUGCUAACUUUCUAGUUUGUGCCAGCCCAAGUCAGGAUUUCGAAACCUUGCUGGUUGAACUUCUCUUAACUUACCACAUCUUUGAAAGGUUCAGCAGCAGAGAACACAGGUCCCUAGCUGCUAAAAUGUGCACCAGUUGAGAUUGGAAGUCUAGCCUCCAUUCCAUGUGCAACAUUUAAUAGGAAGUGUUUUUAACUUUGCCCCAAGUUAGCAAUCUUCAGAAUUUCGUCAAAUCCUUGCAAAAAAAGCCAUCAAGAAGGCACUUCGCGCCACCAAAUACCUUUUGGAGGGAAUUGGGAUACACCAAUGCUGCUUAACAUUGGCUAAAAAGGCCGUAAUAAUAUAAUUGUGGAUUCCUUCUUAAAAUACCUCGUUGAAAAUUUUCUAGCUAAUCUUCAUUCAUUACUUUGAGUCUGUCUAAAUAUUCGAAAUUUUAGUGAUGGCAAAUAUUUAAUUUUAAGUGCCUGAUGAUCAUCUGUCUCGUGUUCUGCAUGUCUGAUUCACAUAAUUUAUGGUACAGAAAAACAAGAUAACCUUCAUUAAUUGAAUGGUUUUCUUAUGAUGAUGUGAAACCCCUAUUUAUUUAAUGUCUGUUACCUGUUCUAAUCAGAACACUCAAAUUUAUUCUUCUGUCAUUGCUUUCUGAAGUGAGUAAGUCAUACUAUUUAGUAUUAUUUAUGUUUGUUCUUUGUUUUUGUUUUUUUUUUCCAACCUUUUUUCCAAAUAUAUGUAGCAAUGGUGCCUGAGUUCUGGCUCACUGAAGGGGGCCAGAGUGCUACUGGUGCGUUAUUGGAUUAUGUGAUUGAAAACCAUGUUACUUCUCCACACCUUGCAAAUCGUGCUGCUUCUCGAAGCAUUUCAGUGUUUGAACUGUUGAACGAAAUGUUGGAAUCAAUGAUGCAAGACCUGGGGCUUCGGUUUCUGGCUGCUUUAACUGAAGAUGUUCAUGUCCUUCCUGACUUCCAUGGUAACAGGUCUCCAAUUGCAGACCCAAAAGCAAAAGGAAUGGUCUGUGGCUUCACUCUUGACACUAGUGAAAAACAGUUGUCUCUUUUAUACCUUGCCACCGUGCAGGGAAUUGCAUAUGGGACACGUCAUAUUGUUGAGCACAGCAAUGCUCAUGGACAUAAAAUUGACACUCUGCUUGCUUGUGGUGGACUUGCAAAGAAUUCUUUGUACAUUCAAGAGCAUGCAGAUAUCAUGGGUUACCCUAUAAUUCUUCCACGAGAAAGUGAAUCAGUGCUCUUGGGUGCUGCCAUUAUUGGUGGUGUUGCUGCGAAGAAAUAUUCUAGUCUUAGUGAGGCCAUGAAGGCAAUGAAUGCAGCUGGUCAGGUACUUAAAAACAGUUUCUUACUCAUUGUAAACUUCAGUUAAUUUGUUUCGGAAGUGCAAAGUUUGAGGAGACAUUCAAGCUUAGGUGGACAGGCGCCUGCAUAUGGAAUAAAACAUCAUACAUUUUCUCUUUUGGCUGCUUUUUUUCUUUAUUUGAGAGCUAGCCUGCAUUUCUUAUAUCUUUUCUUUUUCCAUUUUCAUGGCUUCUUUACCUAACUUCGUUGCUAUUUAUAAGGAAGCUUUGGACUGGCAUUGUGUAAUUUUGGUCUGUGUGACUUCCAUGAAACGACAUGAGAUGGUGUCAGUUUUGAACACAACAGUUCUAAUGUGAAACUCUCCAAUCUGUAGGGUGAAAAUUGAACUGAUUGGCUUUAUGAGCUGACUUUAUUUAGAGUCUUUCAUCUUCAAGACUUGGUUGGAUUCAGUCCUGGCAGACUGAAGUGAACGCAAUGAACAUGCUGCAUGAGUUCCAUAUUGGAUGCUAGGGUCCGACCAUAGCUCACUAACGUUAGCUGUCUGUGGAUUGUGUACCCAUCGAAGGAUCCAAAAGUGAAGAAGUACCAUGAUGCUAAAUACCGUAUCUUCCGUGAACUUUAUGAGCAGCAGCUGUCUUAUCGUUCAAUCAUUGCGCAAGCUUUGGCAUAGGUUAUGAGAUCUUGCUUCUAGAGUUGCGAUACUGGGCCUUUUGGGUAGCAUCAAGUGUACAUUUAUUUAUUUAUUUAUUUUUACUUUCCAAUGCAUUAAUCUUUUAUGAGUGAAAUUGAAACAAGAGAUCAGUUAAUUUACGUUAAAAAAGAAAUUGGCUAAUCUAGAUUUGAUCAGUUCCCUAUUGUGGAAAAGAAAUGAGCAGUUCAUUUCAGUAAUGCAGGACAGUAACUUUUUCAUGUGUGCUUUAGUCUGCCAUUGAAAAAUAUGCUUCGAAUCAAGUUACUGUAAGCAUGUGAUCUGUCGAGUAUUCACUAAAUCAAAGUCACAUUAGGGCAGUUUAUCCAUGUGAGAAAGCGUAAUGGCGAAGAGGAUUUUAGUGUGUGGUCCAUCUUCCUGUUGUUCCUUUGUGUCAUUUGUUUGACGUAUUCUAUUUCAUUUGUAAUUGCUGUGUUCUCACAAUUAUUUGAAAGGAAUUUUUUUUUUUUUUGGGGUCACU